AGUCUAGCACUCUAGCCAGACCCCAAGAAUAACCCUCCAACAAAAAAAGAAAACAAAACUACAAGAACUCACGGUCACAGCGGGAAAAUCCCUGAAAUUAGAGGAAAAUGGCGGGAAGAGUACCACUCAUAUAAAUUAGUCUCAGCACUAAUCUAGUAAUUGGCAAACGUAAACUCAUUCCUUUCUUCACUUCCAGACGUUUCUCUCUCCUAACAAAAACCCAGAUUUCCCUCAACCAUCAAAUGGGGAGAAAAAAGAAGACUGGGGUUUCCGACGAAUCUACAAAGGAACAACCUGAAGCUGAGCAUCAUCAAGAAGACGUUAACAUGGACGACCAUGAAGGUUCUACAGCUGAGAAGAGCCUCUACGAGGUUCUCGGUGUAGAAAGAAGUGCAUCUCAGCAGGAAAUUCGGAAAGCAUACCACAAACUGGCAUUGCGACUCCAUCCUGACAAGAACCCUGAUGAUAAGGAAGCAAAUGAAAAGUUUCAACAGCUGCAGAAGGUGAUGUCUAUUCUCGGUGACGAGGAGAAGCGAGCCCUUUAUGAUCAGACUGGGGUAGUUGAUGAUGAUGAUCUUGCUGGGAAUGUGGUUCAGAAUUUGCAGAAAUUCUUCAGAGCCAUGUAUAAAAAGGUCACUGUGGCUGAUAUUGAAGAGUUUGAAGCAAACUACAGGGGAUCUGAUUCAGAGAAAAAGGAUUUGAUCAGCCUUUACAAGAAGUACAAGGGUAAUAUGAAAAGGCUUUUUUGCUCAAUGCUGUGCUCAGACCCUAGACUGGACUCUCAUCGAUAUAAGGAUAUCCUGGAUGAGGCAAUAGCUUCAGGAGAGCUGAAAGAAUUCAAAUCUUACAAGAAAUGGGCUAAAGAGGUAUCUGAAACGAAACCGCCUACAAGCCCUUUGAAGCGGAAAAAGAAGUCAAAGAAGUCAGAUUCUGAUCUAUAUGCAAUCAUAUCUCAGCGACGAACUGAGAGGAAGGACCGAUUUGAUUCAAUGUUUAACUCUUUGGUGGAAAAAUUUGGGGGGCAAGGUACCUCAGAGUCAGAACCCACAGAGGAAGAGUUUGCAGCUGCACAGAAAAAGCUGGAGAACAAAUUGUCUUCAAAGAAAUCUAGGAAACAGUAGCUUGGCCAUCUUUCAACCCAAAGAAUAUGACAGUGUUCGCAAUUGAACUGAUAGAUCUUUCUUCUUGCAAAAUCCUCCUUCCCGGGCAAAUCCCCCUUGUCAAUAUCCCCAUGAGGAAUCGAUCUUGGGACCUUUUGCCCCUUUGUAGUGUAUAUGUUUUUCGUCAAAUCAUCUGCUGUUUUUGUACAGGUUUGUAUGUUUCUGCUUAAUUUUAUCGCAUGUCUAUUCUGCAUAUUAUAUGAA